AUGGCGCGCGCCCAGCCGUACGAGGUGUGGACAGGAAAUGGUGAGACAAUCCUCUACUCGCCAUACAAAUACGAUGGGUGGCUGCCAUUCGAAGAGUAUUGGGAUGAUCUCACAAUGCACACAUUCUUCAAAAAUCAUUGGGCGAAAUCGAUAUAUUUGGCACUUGGUUACAUAAUUGUGACGAAUGUGCUCCAAAAAUUCAUGGAGUCGAGAAAACCCUACAGUAUGCGACCGAUAUUGCUGGUGUGGAAUGGCGCGUUGGCGAUAUUCAGCAUCUUCGGAACUUGGCGAUUCGGCAUCGAAUUCUACAACGCUGUGUUCCGACGAGGGUUGGUGGAUUCAAUCUGCUUCUCAGUGGACCCUCACCAACCAGCCGCUUUCUGGGCUUGUAUGUUCGCGAUGUCAAAGAUUGCCGAAUUCGGGGACACGUUAUUCUUGGUCCUUCGCAAACGACCCGUCAUCUUCCUUCAUUGGUAUCAUCAUGCUGUCGUCUUGGUACUAUCAUGGCACGCUGCCGUCGAAUUGACUGCCGCUGGAAGAUGGUUCAUUUUCAUGAAUUAUUUCGUUCACUCGAUCAUGUACACUUAUUACGCGAUUACCAGCGUUGGAUAUCGACUUCCGAAGAUAAUCUCAAUGACUGUAACUGCCCUUCAAACUGUUCAAAUGUUGAUCGGAGUUGGAAUUUCGGUGAUAGUUUUGAUUCUCAAAUUGAACGGACAGGUUUGCCAGCAAUCCUAUGACAAUCUUGCCCUAAGCUUCGCAAUUUACGCGUCGUUCUUGGUGCUAUUCUCAAGCUUCUUCAACAAUGCUUACUUGGUGAAAAAGCCGAAGAAGGAAUAA